UAUAGGGAGUUCACCUGGUUGCCCAGAGUUGUCCAGUGGCCUCUCCAGCUCAGCAUGGCUAGGACUUUGAGAACACUCAGUGCACUGGGGUUAUGGGGCCUGUGCUGGUCUCUGGCCAUCGCCAACCCUCUUCCUUCGACUAGUGACCAUGGGAACACUGCUGAAGGUGGGACCAAGCCAGACUCAGAUGUGCCCGAACAGUGCUCAGAUGGCUGGAGCCUUGAUGCUACCACCCUGGAUGAGAAUGGGACCAUGCUGUUUUUUAAAGGGGAGUUCGUGUGGAAGACUCACAAAUGGGACCGAGAGUUAAUCUCAGAGAGGUGGAAAAAUUUCAGCAGUUCCGUGGAUGCUGCAUUCCGCCGUAGUGACAACAGUGUCUUCCUAAUCAAGGGGGACAAAGUCUGGGUGUACCCUCCUGAAAAGAAGGAGAAAGGAUAUCCGAAGUCACUCCAAGAUGAAUUUCCUGGAAUCCCAUCCCCCCUGGAUGCAGCUGUGGAAUGCCACCGUGGCGAAUGCCAAGAUGAAGGUGUCCUCUUCUUCCAAGGUAACCGCGAGUGGUUCUGGGACUGGGCUACGCGAACUGUAAAGGAGCGUUCCUGGCCAGCUGUUGCGAACUGCUCCUCUGCCCUGCGAUGGCUCGGCCGCUACUACUGCUUUCAGGGUAAUCAAUUCCUGCGCUUCAACCCUGUCACGGGAGAAGUUCCUCCCAGAUACCCUCUGGAUGCCCGAGACUACUUCAUGUCCUGCCCUGGCAGAGGCCAUGGACACAGGAAUAGGACUCACCAUGGAAACAGUACCCACCAUGGCCCUGAAUAUACACGCUGCAGCCCAAAUCUUGUCUUGUCUGCACUGGUGUCUGACAACCAUGGCGCUACCUAUGCCUUCAGUGGGUCCCACUACUGGCGUCUGGACACCAGCCAGGAUGGGUGGCAUAGCUGGCCCAUUGCUCAUCUGUGGCCCCAUGGUCCUUCAAUGGUGGAUGCUGCCUUUUCCUGGGAGGAAAAACUCUAUCUGGUCCAGGGCACCCAAGUGUAUGUCUUCCUGACAAAGGGAGGCUACACCUUAGUAAGUGGUUAUCCCAAGCGGCUGGAGAAGGAACUUGGGAGCCCUCAUGGGAUCAGCCUUGAUACUGUGGAUGCAGCGUUUGUCUGUCCUGGGUCUUCUCGGCUCCAUGUCAUGGCAGGACGGCGACUGUGGUGGCUGGACCUGAAGUCAGGAGCUCAAGCCACGUGGACAGAGCUUGCUUGGCCUCAUGAGAAGGUUGAUGGGGCCAUGUGUGUGGAAAAGUCCUUUGGCCCCAACUCGUGUUCUGCCAGUGGUCCCAGCUUGUACCUCAUCCAUGGCCCCAAUUUGUACUGCUACAGUGAUGUAGAUAAACUGAAUGCAGCCAAGACACCUCCCCAGCCCCAGAAAGUGGCCAAUCUUCUGGGCUGUACUCACUGAGGGGCCUUCUGACAUGAGUCUGGCCUGGGCCCACCUUUCCAAUUUUUUCACAAUAAAGCCAGAUU